AUGCGCGCCCCGCCGCUGCCGCCGCUGCUGCUGCCGCUGCUGCUGCUGGCCGCCCGCGCGCCGCCGCCCCGCGCCGCGGCCGCCCCGACGCCGCCGGGCUGGGAGCCGGCCGCCGACGCGCCCUGGUGCCCCUACAAGGAGCUGCCCGAGGGCGCCGAGGCGGGCGGCGGGCGCUUGUGCUUCCGCAGCCCCGCGCACGGCUUCCGCUGCCAGGCGCCGGCCUGCGCGGCGCACGCCUCGGCCGGCCGCUCGCUGCGCGCCAGCGUCCUGCGCAACCGCAGUGUGCUCCUGCAGUGGCGCCUGGCGCCCGCCGACGCGCGCCGCGUGCGCGCCUUCGCGCUCAACUGCUCGUGGCGCGGCGCCUACACGCGCUUCCCGUGCCAGCGCGUGCUGCUCGGCGCCGCCUGCCGCGACUACCUGGUGCCCGCCGUGCACGACAGCGUGCGCUACCGCCUGUGCCUGCAGCCGCUGCGCGCCGCCGCCGCCGCCGCCGCGCAGGAGCCCGGCGAGUGCGUGGAGUUCGUCGCGGAGCCGGCCGGCCUGCAGGAGAUCGUGGUGGCCAUGACGGCGGUGGGCGGCUCCAUCUGCGUCAUGCUCGUGGUCAUCUGCCUGCUGGUGGCCUACAUCACCGAGAACCUCAUGCACCCGGCCUUCGGGCGCCCCGGCCUGCGCCGGCAGCCCUGACGCGCGGGCGGCUGCGCGCCUCCGCCGGGGACCCAGGCCCUCCGCCCGCUGUCCUCUCCUCGUUCCUGCUCCCGCCUUAGGAUCCCCACGGAGGGCCCGCCGGAGACGAAUAGGAGACCGGCCGGCGCGCGCCGGGAACUCGGCAUCGUCACACGACCUUCCCAGCUGGGCGUCCUUCUCUCAGGCUCCGGCUUGGGACCGGCCCUUGGGCCUAGGCCGUCGAUGCCAGCUGCGUCCAGGGUUCUCCCGCUUUCCAGGGCCCUAUAUAGAGUCGGCCAGGACAUAUAGCCCUUUCCAGCAAGAGCCAUUGACACCCCUGGGUCAUCACCCUGAGACUCCAUCCCGUGCCAACUUGUCAAAGCCAGGUCAUUGCUUGGUCACUGUGUGCUUUGCAGGUCCUGGGGACGGCCCCUUGGAGCCUGUCCUACUCCCGCCCUACCCCAGUGGGCUUAGGUCAGCUUGUGCCUUAGUAUCUUGGGCCUACUGCAGGAGCCAGCCACCCGUCCCCCUGCUGUCUGGGGGUCUGUGGCCCUGAGACCGGCCGGCUUGUGUGUGCUUCUAGUCAAGUCCCUCUGGGGACACCUCUCCCCCGCCCAAAAGCUUUGCAGGAGUGUAGGGCGAGAAUAAGCAGUGUCGUGUGUUUUCCUGUGUGGGUGUCUGACAGGCCCAGCGUCCAGCUGCUGCGUCCAGGGGAAUAGCCAGAGUUGCUGCUGGGAACCUUGGCCUGGGAAGCGAGACAUCUGGCCACUUCAGCUGGAGUCUAGAGAGAGCCCUGGGUUCCUGACACUCCCUCCAACCUUGGCCAUAUCUCUCUGGGUACUGGAGGAAAUCUCUGUGGGAUUCAAUCACUACCCUCCUGUGUUGGUCACAUUUGUCGCAGGAACUCCAGCAAUGCGCCUGUCUCUCUCCAUCAAACUCCACUGAUGCGGACAACGGGCAGCCCUUUUUCCCUUGUCCCCGUUUGUGAACCUGUGGAUGUACGCCGUGGCCACUCCUAGGAUAAGCAAGCACGCGCCCAUCGCGGCCUCUCCGGGGCGAAUCUCCACACAGUUACCUGGGCCAACACCCUAAAGGUGAACAGAUUUGGCUUCUUUCCCAGAAAGCCCCAUGGGAGCCCGCCAGCGGGGCCGUGUCACGUCUGUCUCUAUGCUGCUCAGUUUGGACUCGAGUCCAGUGGCUUCUUCCCAUACCCAGUCCCUCCCUCCCCUCAUAGGCUACCGCACUAGGAUACAUCUGGGUUUUGUUUAAAUUUUUAUUUUUAUUUUUUUCUUUAUCAUUAUACCAUGUAAACAUUUUUCGUGGCCUUUUACCAAUUUCUCCCUAAGCCUCCCUCCCCCUCCCACUGUUUUUUAUUUUAUUUAUUUUUAUUUUUAAUUUCUUUUUUCUGACUGGUAAGGGGAUCGCAACCCUCGGCGUGGUGUGGACCACGCUCAGCCAGUGAGCGCACCGGCCAUCUCCAUAUUGGAUCUGAACCGGCGGCCUUGGCGCUACCAGCACUGCACUCUCCCGAGUGAGCCACGGGGCCGGCCCUCCCACUGUUUUUUAAUUUACCUCAAAAUCAUGCUAUUCACCUACUACUUUUUACCUUUCUUUUUUCUCAAAACCGUGUUUUUGGGGCAUGUCCACGUAGCUGUGCAUACAGGUAUCUUGUCCUUCCGUGCACUGGGCACCGUUUGUGUCUGCACCCACUGCACUUUCUUGUCCUCACCCCUGGGAGGGAUGUGCCGUCAGCUGCAGGACUCACCACUAUGUUGUGAUGAAUAUCCUCACACAUGCCCCUCAGGUACCUGAGCAAAACUUUCUCUAGGUGAAGGAUGGAUGGGUUUUAGGGGUAUGCAUGCUCAAUCCCACCCAUAUCGUCAGUUUGUUCUCAAUGGCUAAAGCAUUCAGUACUCCUACUAGCAGAGCAGGUGGGUUCUUAUUUCCUCAAAUUCUCACUAACAUUGUGUAUUAUCCAGUUUUCUAGAUUUUGCCAAUCUGGUAGCCGUACAGUGGUGACCCAUUUUUCUUUGAAUUUGCUUUCCUCUGAUUACUGGAGAGGUUGUGCAGUACUCAACAUUCCUAUUAGCCAUUCUAAUUGCUCCUUGCAAGAACUGCUUGCAAAUAUUCUUUGUACAUUUUCCACUGCAAUGACUUUUUCUUCUUAAUUUUCAAGAGGUCCAUGAAUAUUCUAGAGCAGCACUGUCCAACAGAACUUUCUUUUUUUUUUUUUU